CUGAUCAAGACAACAGUGUCAAGAGUCCCCUCAGGACCCCUUCAGGAUCACAAUAUCUGAUUUGCGAUGUGGCUCUGAGUCUUUAGGAAUCGCUGUUUAUUUUCACUAUGGGGACAUUCCUUCGUUUACUCCUUGGUUUAUGCACACUGCAUCUGUUUGUCAGUUCUGACACAAUUGUGGACGCAUCCAGGACGCCAUGGACAAGAGCUAAAAACAGGAUGGCCAGAGCUGUGAACAAACCAACACCUAUCGACUGUAGACUGGGGAGCUGGUCAUCUUGGACACCAUGUGACUCCUGCACAGACAGAAAGUUCAGUUUCCGAUACUUAGAGAGACCUUCACAGUUUGGUGGGACUGAGUGUAUUGAUAUACUCUGGAGGAGGGAGAUGUGUCCCACAUCAACCACACCGUGUCUGGUCCCAGAUUACUGUGAAGAGAGCUUCACCUGCAAAGAAACAGGGCGUUGCAUCAGCCGUUCGCUUCAGUGUAAUGGAGAGUCAGACUGUGAUGAUUUUUCUGAUGAGGAUGGAUGUGAAAAUUUUAACCUGAGAAACGACAAGUGUUCCACCCUCAUACCGAUCCCUGGUGCGGAGCGUGGCACGCAAGGCUAUAGUGUUUUAAGUGGAGAAUUAAUGGAUCAUGUACUUGACCCAAGAUAUUUUGGAGGAGAGUGUGAAUAUGUCUAUAAUGGCGAAUGGAGAAAAUUCACUUAUGAUGCAUUCUGCGAGAACCUGCACUACAAUGAAGAUGAAAAAAACUACAGGAAACCAUACAACUACCAUACUUACCAUUUUAUGGCCCAAGCAUCAUCAAAGGGCUCUUCUGAAUAUUUUGAUGACAUGGUGAGCCUGCUGAAAGCAAGGAAAACAAUGUCAUCGUCCAAUGGUGGCUUCACAGUUGGAAUCUACCAUGUGGAAGUGGGACUGAGUGGCAGCAAUGAAGAAUCAUUUCUCAAUAACAUAACACGGUUCAAAAGCCAGGAUUUAGGUUUCAUUCGGCUUAAUUCAGAAGUGCAAACCGCUCGCUUCAAGAUGAGAACUAAUAAGCUGAUGCUUCAUGAAGAUUUCUAUGUUUCACUCAUGGAGCUCCCAGAGGAAUACGACUUUGGGAUGUACUCUCGCUUCUUCAACACAUUUGGCACCCACUAUAUCACAGAGGGAACCAUGGGGGGAACCCUGGAACAUGUUGUGAUUGUCAACAAAACAACACUGAGAAACUUAAAUAUUAACGCUGAUCAAGCUGGUUCAUGCUUUGGUGCCUCGUUUGGUUUGAGUAUUCCAGUUGGCACCGCUGCAGCAAUAGAGUCCAAGGUGUCAGGGCAAUUAUGCAAAAAAGGCGGACAUUUCAGUGAAGAUAGAAGAGGUAGUUCAGCUAUUAUUCAGGACGUUGUCACAAAAGUAAGCGGAGGAAUCACAGACAGCAGCGCUGGUCUGAGGGCCAUCAGGAACCCUGACAUAUACCGGAAGUGGGGGUUAUCUCUUAAAUAUAACCCAACACUCAUUGAUUAUGAGAUCAUGCCGAUUCAUGAGCUUGUACGUAUCAGCACAGCUGCUGACCACGUAGGUGACAGACUGGCCAACUUGCAGCGAGCCUUUGAUGAGUAUCUGCAGCAGUUUGACCCGUGCCGCUGUGCCCCCUGCAGCAACAAUGGGAUUCCUGUCCUCUCAGGCACUUCUUGUAAUUGCAUCUGUAGCUCAGGCUAUCAGGGGUACGCCUGCGAAGAGACCAACCGAGGAGAAACCAAGGCAGAUGGAUCGUGGUCCUGCUGGGGGGCCUGGUCACCCUGUACAUCGAGGAGGAAGACCAGGACAAGAGUGUGUAAUAAUCCUCCACCUCAGAAUGGUGGAGCCACCUGCUUGGGCUCUGCUUCUCAGACGUGGCCCUGUUAAACACAGGUUUCUUUCAGAUUGCUGAGUGAAGAUGUGUUAACUACUUAGUGAGCAUUUUUUGUAUUCCUUUGUAAACAUUGGAGUGCUCACAAAUAAAAGAGAAAAUUGGAAUUUCUAUAUUUCCAAAUAAAUAUAUGUUUACGCAGA